AAUGAAACACCUUUUAGGUCUUAUGAAUUCAGGUUAUACUGUUUUCUGGAUACUCUGGCAAUUGAUACAGAACCUGUGAAAAAUGGAACCAAGCUCUCUAAGGACCAAAGUUCCAGCUUUCCUGUCUGAUUUGGGGAAGGCCACACUGAGGGGGAUCAGAAAGUGUCCCCGAUGUGGCACAUACAAUGGGACCCGGGGACUGAGCUGUAAGAACAAGACCUGUGGAACCAUUUUCCGGUACGGUGCCCGGAAGCAGCCUAGUGUUGAAGCUGUCAAAAUCAUCACAGGCUCUGAUCUGCAAGUCUACUCAGUGCGGCAAAGAGACCGGGGCCCCGAUUACCGAUGCUUUGUGGAGCUAGGUGUUUCAGAGACGACCAUCCAGACGGUGGAUGGGACCAUCAUCACUCAGCUGAGCUCUGGCCGGUGUUAUGUGCCCUCAUGCCUGAAAGCUGCCACCCAGGGCGUUGUGGAGAACCAGUGCCAGCACAUCAAGCUGGCAGUGAACUGCCAGGCAGAGGCCACCCCUCUGACUCUAAAGAGCUCGGUCCUGAAUGCCAUGCAGGCCUCCCCAGAAACCAAGCAAACCAUCUGGCAGUUGGCCACAGAACCCACAGGUCCCCUUGUACAGAGGAUUACUAAAAACAUUUUGGUGGUGAAAUGCAAAGCAAGCCAGAAGCAUAGUUUGGGGUAUUUACAUACAUCCUUUGUGCAGAAAAUCGGUGCCAAAAGCUUGCCUGAACGCCGUUUCUUCUGCUCCUGCCAGACUCUAAAGUCGCACAAGUCAAGUGCGUCCAAGGAUGAGGCAGUCCAGAGAUGCAUUCAUUUCUUUGCUUGCAUCUGUGCCUUUGCCAGUGACGAGACGUUGGCUCAGGAAUUCUCAGACUUCCUAAACUUUGAUUCCAGCGGUCUAAAGGAGGUUAUUGUGCCCCAGUUAGGUUGCCAUUCAGAAUCACCAGUAUCAGCUUGUGAGUCUACCGCCUCUAAGCCAAAGAAGAGGAAAAAGGAGGAAGUAUCUGGUGCACAGACGAACAGUUCCCUGCUACCUCCAGAUGCAGUGAGCAGUAAUCUAAGGAAAAGUGGCCUGAAAAAGCCUGUGGUUGCUUCUUCAUUAAAAAGGCAGGCCUGUGGUCAGCUGUUAGAUGAGGCACAAGUGACCUUAUCCUUCCAAGACUGGCUGGCCAGUGUCACAGAACGCAUCCAUCAAACCAUGCACUAUCAAUUUGAUGGCAAACCAGAGCCACUGGUUUUCCACAUUCCUCAGUCCUUUUUUGAUGCCCUGCAACAGAGAAUAUCCAUCGGCAGCGCGAAGAAACGGCUUCCCAACUCUACCACAGCUUUUGUUCGCAAAGAUGCCUUGCCACUGGGAACCUUUUCCAAGUAUACCUGGCAUAUCACGAAUAUCCUGCAGGUUAAACAAAUCUUAGAUACCCCGGAGAUGCCUUUGGAAAUCACCCGGAGUUUUAUCCAGAACCGAGAUGGGACCUAUGAGCUGUUUAAAUGUCCUAAAGUAGAAGUAGAGAGCAUAGCAGAAACCUACGGUCGUAUAGAAAAGCAACCAGUGCUGCGACCCUUGGAACUAAAAACUUUUCUCAAAGUUGGCAACACUUCCCCAGAUCAAAAGGAGCCAACACCUUUCAUCAUCGAGUGGAUCCCAGAUAUUCUUCCCCAAUCCAAGAUUGGUGAGCUUCGAAUCAAGUUUGAGUAUGGGCACCACCGCAAUGGGCAUGUGGCAGAGUACCAAGACCAGCGGCCCCCCUUGGAUCAGCCCUUGGAACUGGCCCCUCUGACCACCAUCACUUUCCCUUGAAGCAAAACAAGAGUCUUUUGCUGCUAAAUUUGCACAUCCCCACCCUUUGACAACUUUAAAUACUAGUUAGACACUUAGAUGGCUCUGUUCCUUAGUGAACUACUCUUAGCUAAGAUGCAGUUUCUCAGUGCAUUCAAGUGAAUUCUUUUGAAGAAAAACUCUUCUUGUAAAUAGCCCUUUUGGUGCUGCUGUGUAUAGUCUUCAUUUAACUUGGAUGAUAUUCCUGGGUAGUUUCUAAAGAAACAGAAAACCAGCUCACUUACCUUCCUGAAGGACUCACCUUUAGAGUUUGUUUCAACCUUUUUCUAAUGUUCUAAGAAGUCAGCAGCACUCCACCUUAUACUAACAUGUUGGAAAAUUAAUAAUACCUUGGUUAGGGCAAAAUGUUGAAGAUCAUCCUGACAGAGUUCCAAUCAUAUCCUUUUAUUUUCUUCUCAAAUAAAGCACAGUGUCACUAGUUUUUAUAAAUUAUAUCUUGUGUUGGCCUAAUUAUAAAAGUAUAAACCUUUUGGGAGAUUUAGGUGAUAGUGAACUUGGAAAAAGAGAUUCAGGUAUCAAGGCAAUAUUGAUUGACAUUUCAAACUAACGCUUGUAAUUGCUCGUUCACUUGAUUUUUAUUUCCCUCUUCACUCUCCAAAAAGCU